AUGGCCUUGUGGGUAGAUAAAUAUAGGCCACGUGAGCUAUCUGCUUUAACCUAUCAUGUCAAACAAGCAAAGGAUCUCAUUGAAAUCGUUAAGGCCGGUGACUUUCCUCAUUUGCUUGUAUAUGGCCCAAGCGGUGCUGGAAAAAUGACUAGAAUCUUUUGUAUUUUGCGAGAACUUUACGGCAAUGGUGUGGAGAAAUUACGAAUGGAUGCACGAAGUUUUCAGGCUCCAUCUGGCAAAAAAUUGGAAAUUCAAACCUUUAGCAGCAAUUAUCAUAUUCAGCUUAGUCCGGGGGAGGUUGGUUUCUACGACCGCAUCGUUGUCCAGGAAAUUAUUAAACAAAUGGCACAAAUGCACCAGAUUGAUGCUGCAACACAACGAAAUUUCAAAGUAGUCGUUUUAAUGGAAGCAGAUCAAUUGACUCGAGAUGCACAAAACGCGUUGCGUCGUACAAUGGAGAAAUAUGCUCAAACAUGCCGACUGAUACUGUGUUGCGAUUCAAUCAGUAAAAUUAUCGAUCCUCUGAAAAGUCGGUGCUUGGCGGUUCGUGUAGCUGCACCUUCGGAUAAUGAUGUAGCGAAAGCUGUUAAACUUGUUUGCAAGCAGGAAAAUGUCCCCGUUCCUGAAAGUAUCAUUGCGAGAGUAGUGCAGAAAGCUAAUGGCAACAUGCGACGGGCUUUAUUGAUUAUAGAGGCAGCAAAAGUGCAAAACUAUCCAUUCAAAGAGAACCAAGAAAUUCCUGAACCAGAAUGGGAAGUUUAUUUGCAAGAAACGGCUAAAAUGAUGAUACAGCAGCAAAAUCCUGAGAACCUUCUCAAAGUGCGGAAUAGAUUUUACGAAUGUAUUGGACACUGCAUUCCUCCAAAUAUCAUAUUUAUGAAAUUAUUGCAAGAACUGCUGAAGUCCUGUGAUAAUAAAAUUAAAGUUGAGGUGGUUGCUGCGGCGGCUGAAUAUGAGCAUCGCUUAACACGUGGUAGCAAACCUAUAUUCCAUUUGGAGGGUUUUGCUGCAUCAUUCAUGGAAAUCUAUCACAGACAUCAAAAUGAGAAUGCUAUGGAGCAUUAA